AAUCUCUUCCUCGAUAGUGUCUCUGGACUUUUAGUCAACACUGGACUUCACCUCACAGGGACGUCUCCUGCGUCUGCCUCAGAGCGAGUCUCCUUUUUAAAACAUUCAUCUGUAACGAGAAUAAUAGCAGUUUGUUCUGAGAGACACUCUUACCGAAAAGGAAAGUCACCCUAAAAAGGAGAAUGUCAGAUUUCGACAGUAACCCGUUCGCGGACCCGGAAUUCAGACACCCGUUUCAGGUACGUUAGCUGGCUACGUUAGCCAUGUUAGCAUUUAGCUUCUGCGUUAUUACUCAGUGUUAACAGGUGAGACUGCUCCGACAUUGACUCUAUCUUUACCUGAAGUGUUAAAAGUUUAAAAGUAAUUAUAGUGAGAGGUUAAAAAUACGUUUUUUUCACUUGUUGUUGGGAGUCUGUGUCCUAAUGUUGUUACACUUUUAUCUCAGUGAUGUGACGUAACAUUUAAAGGUAACCAGUGUGAGUGUUAGCUUACUAGCUUACUGGUUCCUGUUAGCGUUACUGGUGACAUGGGAUGUGCUAUUCAUUUAUUUAUUCAGGAGCAGGCUGUGUGCUUAAGGUUUAAUUAUUCAAUCCUGUUGUUUUUUAAUCCACAUUUGCACCCAGCAGUUACACCUAUACCUGCCACUUUUCAUACACCUGUGAAGUGGUUUGUUAAUACUUUUGGUUGUAUAUCCUUAGAGAUCUUGUCAGGGUUGUUUUUGGUCUCUUAUGUGUGAUAAGAGCUGAUCCAUGACUUUUUUUUUGGAGAUGGAAAAGGAGUAGGUUGAAGCUGUUUAGCUUAUAUGUACCUACCCUCAUUUCUUCCUAUUCAUUUACCUUCUACAUGUCUUUAGUAUUUCUGAUGUUAACAAAAAGUAACCAAAGCUCCAAAGUCUAACAUGAACAUGUAACUAAUCAUUAAUACUAAAACAAAGACCUUAUAUAUCCAUACAUAAUGAUAGAAACGUAUAUACACGCAAAAAUACACUUUAUACACCUAGAAUACUUCAAAUCUCUCAUGUGUACCAUACCUGUAUACAAUAUAAUGAGUGUGGCAAAACAAAAAUCACUUUUGUAUGUAUUUUUCAAUCACACUCUGCUUUACUUUACUUUUAAAUCGUGCUAUAUUUUUGCUUUACGAUAAAAUACUAUACUACUAUUAUGAUACUAUUAUAAAAACACCUGAUGGUACUUUAAAAGAUAGAAAAUUAAACCUGAGGUUCAAUGCAUAUCAAAAUCUUUCAGGCUAUAUUAUAUUUUCCAGUUUUUGACAGUUUAUCCAGUUUUCAUGUUAUUAUUAUUGUACUGUUGUUAUCGUAGAUGUUGCAGGAGUUAAAUUCAGGGUAAAUCAGCUGACCAAAAUAUCAUAAGAAAGCGUUUGGUGGUAGUAUUGGGGCAGGUGCUGAGCUCUGCUGGAAGAACAGAUCUGCAUCUCCAUAAAGCCUGUCAGCAGAUGAGUGCAUGCCAUGUCAAAAACAAUGUAUUCAGCAAGCCUUUGUAGGUAUUUUACUGUAAAUUGAUUAAAGAAUUUGUCAUUUAAUCAGCCCAAAAUUGAGCGUUGAAAUUGAAUUCUCUUGAAAGUUGUGUAGAAACUCAGAAUUAAACUCAUCCUGGUCAGUUAAAUGUGGAGCAGAUACCGGCUCUAUGAAGUGUUUAAUUUCUUAGUUCUAGAAAACAAAAGGAGAGUCAGAUGGUGAACUUCAUCUAAGUGGCAGCUGUCUGUAGAGGACUGUAAAGUGUGAAUGGAGAAGUAAAUGAGAGCAGAACAUGCGGUGGGAUUGUGGUCGGUCAUUUUCUCACUGUCAUGCCUUCACAGUGAUUCUCAGGUCUUGUGAUAACUGUCUAGUCAUCAUGAAGGUAUGCAUGUGUUUGCUCAUGUGCAGCACAGCCAAUCAGAUCCUGCCUCUCUCUCGGUUAGCCCUGCGGCGGUGUUUCCUUCUCUGUCUCCUCGUCUCAGGUGUACUGAACAUGAGCGGCGGCUGAUUAGCAUUUUCAUCUGAGCUGAAAAGGUUAUCUGGCCGACGGAUAGGCCAGUGUUUCUCAACUGUUAUGAUUGACUCAUAACAUGCCAUUUAUUAUCUUCUUCCACCUUAAAUGUGAUUAUUCAGUUGUUGUUUUUUGUGUGAUAUUUGGUGAAAUGACAUACUGAUAUAAAUUAAAUAUUAAUAUUCCCCUUAAAGAGUCUCCCCACUGUUUGUUCCAUUAGUAUGUGUGUGGUCUGAAAGUGUCUGACAGCACAGUUCGACCGCACAGACGCAUGAAUGGUAAAUAAUUCACGGAACCACAUUAACAUACUGACAUGUCGAGUGAACCUCCUGCUGUCCUGCCUCUUUUUUUUUUUCCUCAUUUAUUGGCUUGCUGUUUUUUUUGGCCAGAGGAGGAAUGGAGCUUUGUUCCUUUCUCUGAGCCGUUUCCUUCAAUACUUUAUGAAAUCAUAUGGUGCCGUCAUGGCGACAUGUGGUGUUUCAGUCCCCUCUGGCAACGGUUCCUGCUAAAUUUUGUCUCUCACAGUCGUGCGGCGGAUUGUUCAUUCUGAUUUGGCCUAAUUUUGUGGAUGUGGGCUAAUUUAUUAAAAAAUAUCUGUAUUAAAAAAGUACACACCUACUUCCACUGUAGAGCAGUGAUUCAGCUCCCAGUGAGGAAGGGGUGUGUAAUAGUGAAAGAGAAAACAAAAGAGUGAACUCCUGCUCCAAAGAAGAGGAAAUUAUUGACGAAACUAUGACUGUGUCCUGAAAUUUUUGGAUGCAGCUCAGAUUGCAGCCUCCUCUCAGGACGAGAAGUGUCAAAGAGACACUGACUUUUAAACAGACAGUCCAGUUUUACUGGUUUUAGACCAGUUUGUUUUGGUUUUGGUCUCGUAGUGUAUACCCUCUGGUAGAAAUUAAAGUAGAUAAGAUCAGAGACCAACUUGAAAUGUUUGCAGAAGCUCGGUUUGCAGCCCCCUUCUGGGACAUACUCUGUCAACAAGGGUUUUAAAUGACUACAUUUGAAACUGAGAGUCCAUUAUUCUUAGAUUGAUCAUCAGCUUUCUGUGUUUUCUGAAUUUAUAGGACUGUGCAGAAAAUUUAACCAGUCAAGCACCAAAAAAAAAAACAAGUGUAUAAUAUCAGUGGCAGCUCAGCCCGCAGCCCCCUCCAGGGACUGUCAUCAAGAAUUUGAAAGACACAAAAUUUUAAUCUGAAGUCCACUUUUUAUUGCAAGAAUAAUUACCAAGUUUUGUUCUAUUGUUAUUUCAUAGGCCUGUGCAGAAAAUUCAAUCAUCAGAGCACCAAAAUAACAAGCUUAUGUGUUAGUAGCAGCUCAGCCUGCAGCCCCCUGGACACCUCAGUAUCCAUGAUUUACCUCUCUGAUUUCUGUAUGCAUCAUUUAUAUGCAGGGCUGUCCAAAAACAGUCGACAAAUUAAUACUUUUCAUUAAAAUUUGAAGUAAAAUCUUUCAAUUCAUUAAAAAAAAAACAUGUUGUGAUCAUAAUUUUUGGCCUAGUUGCCCACAUACAUGUGUAGGCCUGGUUUGAGUGUCAUCAUUUUGACCUCUGGGCUUAAAAAGCUCCAUUUUAAAAAGUGCUAGCUUGUUCCUUCUUCCUGUCUUUAUUACGUUUUUACACCUUUAUUAUGCAGCAGGCUGAUAACACACACGGUACUUUUUCCUUCUGUAACUAUAGACUUUAAGAUGAAAGACGUGGUGAAUAUGUGUGCGUUAGUUUGGCUGUGCAGUCGCAGGGACAUUAAACUUUAAACACAACAUACUUUGAAAUAUUCAUGACCCCGGUCUGGUGACAAGUUGCAGCCUUCGUGUGUGUGUGUGUGCGAUUCGGAGUGUGUGAGUGUGGUAGUGGAAGAGAUGCUCCCGAAACUUAAGAGUCUUGAGAGAGACGGAGAGGGAGCUAGAGGGAAGCUGGAUGAAGAUAGCACAGAAGGAUUGGAUUUUAAUUUCAUGCAGAAGAUUUGAAUGAGACCGGCGUGUGACUGACAGCAGCUGAUGGUAAGCUUAUUUUAAAAACAUGAAAAUCUUACUUAAUGAUGUCAGCUGGAACGAGAAUUUUUACGCAAAUAUCAUCGGAGGGCUCUUAAUGUUCUCUUAGAGUAUCUGCAGUGAAUACCCGCCAUGUGCAAACAGAGCUGCGCUGUGCUGUCAUCUUUUAAAAUAGACAUUGGUGCACAGCACGGAGGCUAAACAACAGGGUUAUUUUCCUCCAUCCUCCAUUUGUUGUUUGAAUUUGCUCGUCUCGCAGAUCAAGAACGAACCUAAAAGGAGUAUUAAGUGCUUCAGAGCUGUGAUUUUUUUUGCUCAGCGCAGCACACGAGAAAAACAGCCCCUCUUUUUUUAUUUCUGUCUUCAGCAGCCAGAAGCAUUCCCACCCCCUGCCUUCUGAAUCUCACAUAUACGACUAUUAUUAGAUGUCUCCAAGUGAAAAUUAUUGGAAUCAUCCCAUCUUUGCCAGUAUUGAUUAUAGGCCUGUUUCAUUCUGAAUGAAGAGGGCUGUCAGCAGGGUAAUGGAGGGUUUUUUACUCUCGCUCUCAAACUCAAGGAUAGACUAACCAAGGCUGUGGAGUUCUCAUCGUAGAAAAAUUGCCAGAACAUUUGAGUCAUUUGAUUUUGCUUUUUCUCCUUAAUACUGAAAGUGUCUCAUCAUCAUGUUUGAACCUCUUUUCUCAGGAUCCAUCAGUGACACAAGUGAGGCAGGCCGCUCCACCGGGCUUAGAGGAGUACAACCCUUUUUCAGAUGCCAAACAGGUGAAUAUUAUCCUCCUUUUUUCAUCUGAAGGUUGUUAAAUGAGGUGUUUGUUUCCCUGAGCCGAUCACUCCCACAUAGUAUCAGAGGAAUCACACUGAGACAUCUAACAAGGAUGUCUCUCUAGAGAUUUGCAGAUAUUUUUCUAACUAUAGCACAGAAGACCCUGAAAACUCACAUUAUUGUUGAGUUUAUCACCUUUUAAACACUAAAUUCUUUUGCACUACAAUGACACUAAGUGUUGAAAAAGCAGGUUAAAGCACAUUUAUCUUUCUUCAUUUCAGUUUGGAUGUACUGGUAACAUUUUCUUUUAGAUCAUUUGAUCCAUAUUUUAUAGUUUUACUCCUUAAAUCGUGUCGUUCUUGAGCAGCAGAUAAUAAUAUUAAACAGUUGCAGAAAGCGCAUCUAUUAAAACAGCGUUUUACCAAACAGUCAUGACUUCUCGAAGAAGAAGAAAUAAGACAAAUAGAUUUUUUAAAAAUAGUUAUUGAGGCUUUUUCCAAACCUUUUUGACCUGGUAAGGCCUCUGUAAGUACGGUAUAUUAUAGUUUUGUUUACAUAUUUUUCAUUUAAGCCUAUACCCAGUUUUUACGAGGAACCAAUAGUUAGUCCAAAGUGAAAUAAAUACAACUUCUGUGUGCUUUCAUAGUCUGAUUUAACUGUAAUUCAGGUAAAGAAGAAGAAGAAGAAAUCACUUCUCAUAGUGUAGCAGGUCACUGUAGUUUUCUCUGAUGCUUUUCACUUUCUGAGAUGUAAACACCAACACUAAAAAUUAAAAAUAACCAAAUUUUCUGUCUUGUAUCUGACUAUUUCUGAGCUGCAGUAACAGCAGUGUUUGCCUAUGAAUGCAUGUGUGUGUUCCCUCCAUAGACGCCUGCAGCGAUGGCCCCUAAAACUACAGCACCCACCAUCAACACACAACCCGCCAUCAUGAAGCCCACAGAGGAGCCUCCGGCCUACUCCCAGUCCCAGGCACAGGUAUGACCGUCAGUAAGAGACUCUGAUUUACUUCAGCAUCUUACCUCGGUCACUACAUCAUUACUAUGGCACCUUUGCUGGGUUGUUGAUGGUAUGGAUUAGUCCAGCAUCUAUCCACAGCAGAGAUUGUGCAGGAAGGUAGAAAACGCGGAACCAUGACAGCUGGUGUCGUGCUGAGUUUGUGGACUGAAAAGUCGCUCUGCAGGGGGCCGUUUCCAUCUAGAUGAGGGAGACAGAAGCAGAGAAGAGAAACCCAGACAGCUAGAGGAAAUAACUUGUGAUGGUGCAUCUCAUUUGUGCGCCGCCUCCCGGGAACAUGUUGUUGUGAUGUCUCCCCUCCGGCUGCUGCUGCACCUGUUGAGAGAAUUGGAUUUAUCCCAAAAGCAGACGCAGAGAAUUCCUCAUGAGCUGAAAAUCAUCAGUGAAACCGUCUCCCAGACGUUUCCGUAUUGACGUUGGUGUUGUGUGUCUGUGUGUGUUUACAGGAUCAGUCUAGAGGAGCUGCUGAGCUGCUGAGGAGACAGGAGGAGCUGGAGAGGAAGGCGGCGGAGCUGGACCGUCGGGAGAGGGAGAUGCAGUCGCUCAGUGCUUCAGGAGGUCGGCAUCAAACACCAACAAACACGAUCUGAUCGGUGCAGACACUCAUGAGUAAUUACACUCAGCUCAGGCUUAAAUGGUUUGUUUGACGUGUUUUCAUUGGGCCGAACAUUUAGUGAUUUAAUACAUUUACCACAGAAGAAACAACAUUAUUGCUUACAGAUUAGCGUCCCAGAUAAAUGAAAGAAAUUCAUGCUCUUGCUGAGUGUAUGAUGAAGAUAGAGACAGCUUGUUGAUAGUUGGUAGCUGUUGCCAAAACAAAGAUGGCUGCCUCUGUCUUGCAUAGUCAGCUAACAGGAGAAUAAAACCACUUCAUAAAUCCUCACAGAGAACUUCAAUUAUCUCCACUGUGGGAUCGAGAAAAACUCCAGGAUGAGUUUUCUGUGGGUAACCGUUCUCACGAAAGGAGUGGAUUUUAUUUCAGCUAUUGGGGACAUUUUGUCGUAUAAUGUAGUGUCAAUCCUAGAGGGUCCCAAAAAUAAGACAGACCCACAUUUUCAGAUGUAUUUAUAGUUUAAAAAAAGCGUUUUUUUCUUCAGGUCAGUACACUAAUGGAUCACAAAGGGUAAGGGAAGGGGAACUUGAUUUUCUGUUGCUGUUACGAUACGAUUCCCUCUGUCUUCACUUAACGUUUUAACUUUUCUUAUCACAGUUUUAUAUUUUAGCUCACAGACAAGAUGGUCAGUCUUCUUAACUUCACUGUUGGCCAAAAAAAAACAAAUAUGUGUUUUUUUUUCCCUUAAAUAUCAAAACUCUUCUUCCGAACUCCCUCUGCUUCCCUGCAGAGCCUGUGCAUAUGGUCACUGUUUUGAAGCUGACAGUUUCUAUUCUGGGUCUCAUUAGGGACGAACAUCUCAGUAUCACACCACCAACCAUAUGCCAGGUUUAUUAAAGGGUGGAAAAUCAAUGUGUAGAUAUUACUGUGCAUGUACUCUAGCUUCCUGCAGCUCAGCAGUUACCACGGUUUCCCGUUGAUACCUCCAACACGAGCUCGUUUUUUCUCACAGCCCCGUUUCAUCCUUCUUUUUCAGGCAGGAAAAACAACUGGCCUCCCCUGCCAGAGGGCCUCCCUGUGGGCCCCUGUUUCUACCACGACAUCACGGUGGACAUCCCUGUAGAGUUUCAGAAGACAGUCAAGAUCAUGUAUUACCUCUGGAUGUGUGAGUGACUACAUCUGCAACCGACUCAGCUAAAUCUAUAACAGGAAAUCUGAACUUUUAUAUUAUGAGGAUUUUAUUUCCCUUCUUCUCUAACAUGGUCAGAAAUCAACUCAACCAAAGUCAGCCUCUCCUUUUGAUAAUGACAGGGAAACAAAGUGAAAGACAGUGUUUUAUGUCCAAAUGUGACCCUACCAGACCUUCAAAAUAAAAGCAGCCACUUCCCCUCCCUCUUGUUGGAUUCUGCCCUGUGAUCAGGGACUGAACUGCUCUGAAUGGCAUUCAGCAGCCACAUGACGAGGGCACAUGGUGCAGUCAGUCAUGUGGUCUGAUGAGGGGACUGGGUCAGAUGAUUGCUCAAAGGUUGGAGACUUCAGACAAAGGUUGUUACUUUAUUUUAAGGCACAUUUACCCAAGUGUGGUUCAAGUAUUUUAAUCUUAGAAGAGCUGAAUUUUCAUGUCGCACUAAUAUCACUAUCAUAAGUAGGUUGUUUCUACAGGUUAGAGUGUGACAGAAACUCUGUGUUUCGGGCUUUUCUUAAACUUUUCCAAACUUGAGUGCGAAAGAAAGAUCUUGACCUCUGAUCAGCAGCACCCCCUCUCUCAGUCCUGGUCUCCCAUCCAGCAGCCUGAUGUCAGAUUUGACACUCUGUUGUCAGUUUUACAAACCCUACAGCUUUACAGGCUCUCCUGUUAGGACCCCAGGAACAAGUGGUAAUAAUGAAUUAUAGACAUGCUGAAGUAUUGAAAGUCUGUGUGCAGGAAAGACAGUCAUUCACCAGCUUUUUUUCAACAUAUACGUUAAAGAAAAUCUGAUUUUACACAAAAAAAAAUGAAAUCAGACUUUGUUUGUUUUGGUUCCUUCAGGUCACGCAGGUACGCUGCUCGCCAACAUGAUCGGCUGCUUGGCCUGGUUCUGUGUGGACGCAUCUCGAGGCGUAGACUUCGGUUUGUCCAUCCUCUGGUUCAUGCUCUUCACGCCGUGUUCCUUCGUCUGCUGGUACAGACCACUUUACGGAGCAUUCAGGUGAACACCGCAGACAUCUUUACAGAUCUGAUUUACGCGUUAAAAACUCUGAUUAUGUCGUUUAUAACCAGUUUUUCUUUCGUUCUCAUCAUCAGGAGUGACAGCUCCUUCAGGUUCUUCGUUUUCUUCUUCGUGUACAUCUGUCAGUUCGGCAUCUACGUCAUCCAGUGUAUCGGGAUCAGCGGUUGGGGUGCAAGGUGAGGACUUUGAAGUCCAUCUUCGUCAUGAUCAUGGAUUAUAAAAUCUGUUUCUUCAAAAUUCAUUUUAUUGAGUUUUCCUUGGAUGUAUUUCAACAGCGAAUGUCAGGGCACUCGGGAUUUACUUAAACACCGAAAAAGAAAAAAAUAUUAAAAAAAUAAAUAAGUUCAAUGAAUAAAUUUGUAAAUAUUGAAGAAAAAAAAACAAGAUCAUACAGAAUCAGAUCAUACCAAAACAAUGCAAAUAAAAUAAAAUAAAAUAUUAUAUAAAGGAAAUAGAGAGGGAAAAAUGAAAUAAAAAUAAAUAAAAUAAAAAUCGAAAAAUUUAAAUAAAAUAAAAUAAUUAUAUUAAAUAAAAAAAUAAAAAAAAUUAAAGUAAAUUGAAAAAUGGAUUAUAAAAUGUAUUUAAUUUGGAAUAUAUAUGUGCUCAAAGCAAGUAUCUCACUUUUAGAUGUUUUUUUUCUGUAAAUUAAAAAGUAAAUAUUGAUGUUUUAUCUAUCUCUUUAAAUAGUUUUUGAGCAAAACCCAAAAAAAUAAUUUAUAUUGAUAAACAGUCCACGACUUUACAAAUACUCUGACUUCUCUGAACAUUUUGUUGAGUUUAUUUGAGGCUAUUUUCAGCUGUGGACCCAAAAGCUUUUGCUGCACCAUUUAGUUUUUAUGACAGCAGGAUGGUGGAGGUGGGACUGGGAAUAAAGAGGAUUUAUGCUUCACAUGUGCGGCUUCCUCAGACCUAAAAAAAAGUCUCUUAAUGUCCUCAGGAAGUGAGGUAUUUAGGCUGUUUUCAGAGCUCCUAUGACACAUCUUGUCUCAUACAGUAUCAGGUCUGCUUAUGAGCAGGUUCACAGGUAGAAGAGGCCAGAAUGAUUGAAACCCCCUUUGGCUCUUUUCAGUGAGUCAAAGGGCGUGACCGUGGCAAUCCUUCAAAGUUCGCUGUUUCAUAAUUAGACAUAAAACUGUUUUCAUGCCCUGAACUGAGGAUUAAGACCUGAACAGAUUUAAGUUUUAAUGUGUCGUCCCUUUUUCCUCCUCAGCGGGUGGAUCGCAGCUCUGACCGCCCUGAAUAGGAGCAUCCCAGUGGGCAUCAUCAUGAUCCUGAUCGCUGCGCUCUUUACCUCUCUGGCUGUCAUGUCUCUCAUCAUGUUCAAGAAGGUAAACACGAGUUCAAAGGGAGUUAAACAAAGAAGUUCAGCAAAGAGGAUUUAAAGUUCAUGAGGAUGUUCUGACUCACUUCAGCUCUGAACUAACUGGUAUCAUCUGGAACUCUAUUUUCAGUCUCGAUAACAAACUUUAAAAUGUCUUUAGAGGAUCUCUUUAAACAGUAACGGCGAAGUGGCUGCAGCGUAAUCCUGCAGAGGCAAACAGUGUUCAAAGUACACAAACUCAGAGAGCUUGUUUGUUAUUAUCGUAGAUUUCGUUAAAAUCUAAAGCAGCAGGAACUGAAGCCGCUUCAACAAACACACUCCAGCGUUCCUGCUCUUGUCGACAUAAACUCGAGUCUGAUCUGAGUCUUUGCCCCCCUCCUCUUCCUCAUCAGGUCCAUGCCAUGUACAGAACCACAGGAGCCAGCUUCGAGCGAGCCCAGCAGGAGUUCGCCACGGGCGUCAUGUCCAACAAGACGGUCCAGACGGCGGCUGCCAACGCCGCCUCCAGGGCCGCGCAGGGAGCCGCACAGGGGGCCUUCAAAGAGCAGAUCUGAUUGGUUUAGAGGGCUCACUCAUCUCUCCGUCCAAUCCCCGACCUUCCUCAUCCUCGUCAUCAUGGUGGCCCUGUUCGAACACAUGGAGAUCCCCCGGCCUUCUGACUUUAUCAAAGUGUUUUGUUUUUUUUUGCUUCGUUGAGAACAAUCAGACGGAUUUUGGCGAGAACGUCCACCAUCAUCAUCACAGACACUGGAGCACGCCGCACUCCCUCUACCACUCAGCCAGCGUGCUCCUCUUCACCUACUCUGUGUGAGUUUUUAUGUGUGUGUGUGAGUGUGUGUGUGUGUGUGUGUUAAAUGAAUGUCUUUAAACGUCAUGUCUCAUGUAGCUGAACUUUAAUGGGCAUUUUUCCCCUCCUAGACCCUCCGUGUGUCCGAGCCUUUCUCUAAAUUAAUCAAACAUUAAUCACUACUUUUUAUUUUCACCUAACUGAGGAAAUGUCCGACUCCCCCAGUCUGUAAUAGUCGUAAUCGCCUUCUCUGAUUUCUUUCUGCCACGAGUACAUAACUGAACUCUGCUGCCCCCUGGUGGAGUGACUGUGUGUUGUUGAAAAUGAAUGCCGUGCAUUCCAGCUCACUGCCUUUUGCUUUCUGCUUACCUCUGAAUUUGAUUUUAAAAACAUGCACUCUCACUAACAUCACUUAAACUAUCAUCUGAGUAUCAAACACUCACGUUUGCCGACUUUAAUUAUAUUUUUUAACCAAUUUUAGGGAAAAAAAACAGCAAAAAUUAAAAUUUGAAACUGAUGUUUUCCCCGUAUAUGUCUGACAUGUCUUCAGACCAUUUAUCCAAACUAUAAGAAUUACUGGAUCGACUGCCAGGAAGCAGCUGAACAGUAAUGAGGCAUUGUGCUUUAUGUUAUGUCUAAUGGUGCUGGGUGCAGACCAGUCCAGACAGAUCCAGGAGAACCAGCACCGGUACGUUACAUAUGAUCCUGAAUCUGGCCCCACUAUGGUCAGGUUUACAUUAACAUGGCUGCUCUGAGUCUUUAUAAGCUGAUUUAACCAUUAAUAAUAUCUGUAACUUGCUAGCAUUUAUAGUGAGCUAAUACUAAGUCAGAGCAGACUGAAGUAAAUCUGCAGACGCUGAAGAGAAGUUUCUGUUUUCAGAUUUUAUCUCCAACUCUAUAAAGUCUUUAUUAACCGAGAAGUGUUUCAUACUCCGACAGUCCACAAUCAACCCGAGCUGCACUUUAAAACUCAUCUGUAGAUCCUUUUGUCUGCAUGCCGAUCUCAGAAUGAAUGAAAGAUUAUUUAUAACACUAGCUUCCCUCCUUCAUGAAGACGGAUUAGAGCCACGUCUACAGGUUUUAAAACAGUCGUCAAUUUACCAGGAGAAAAACCGUUAUUUAUGGGUUUAAAGUUAUGAAGUCAGGAGAAAAGUUAUAUCACAGUGAGAAGAUUGCCAGUCUUAAAAUUUAUUCUUGUAAAGUCAAAAGAAAAAAAGUCAAGAGAGUCAUGAAAAAAACACAUUUAAGAUCAAAUUUUGAAAUUUUUGAGAGUUAACUACAUUUUCACAGGAAUUAACUCGUAAAUUAAGCAGAAAAAAAUGUGAAUUUAUGAAAAGAAACUUAUUUAAAUUUACAAUAACACUUCUGUAAAGUUUAUUCCUCUCAUUUUGGAUUAAUACUUAUAAAAUAAAGACUUUUCUUGUGAAGCUUUCUUCUCCUUUAAUAAUAACCAAGCUGAAUAUCCUGAAAAAACGUUUGUCUUGCACAGUUAAAAUCCUGACUUCUCUCCCCUUGCACUCUUUCCUCCUCCGUCCUGGUUUUGGUUGUAAUCAUCAUUUUGAACAAUCACCAGCUGAGUCUGACAGAGUCUCCACAUAAACCCUCUCUGUCCUUUUCCUCUCAAUGAAAUCACUUAACCACUCUACAGUUUCACAUCCACUCGUCUGUAUAUACAUGUGCAUGUUUAUACAGGUGACCUGAAGAGGAGAGUCGAACCCGUCUCCAGCUUUUUCUCUGGGAGACUUACCUCAGUUUCUACUCAGGAUCUACUCUUCACAUGCAUGAAACGAAAUCAGCGAUAUUAUUUACGAUUGUGUGAGCUGAAAACUAGCUAAAAGUACGUGCUGUAAAUCAAUAUCGUUUGGAGUUACACCUGCCUGCAGAUUGUGGAGUGACGAUCACUAAAACUCAAAAACACUCAAAUCUAAAUGUGCUGAUUUGAACUCUGAAUGUGUCUCUUUCUAUCUGAUGACCUUAAGUUGCUUCGGCGGGAGCUGAAAACUGUGUCUGUUGUGUCUGAUGUUAAAGCCGGUGAAGCCUUCUGUAUGUGUGUGUCUGUGUGUGUGUCUGUGUGUGUGUGGGUGUGAGUGUAAAAAGAGGAAAAUUCAGCCUUUAAGAGUCUUAAGUCUGACUGUGAUCCUUCUGUUUAAUCUUCCUGCCUUAUUUGCUCUUUUGUAUUAUUAUUCCUGUUUGAUUCGGACAGUGCAUGUGUAUUUAUGAGAACAUGUAUGUGCAAAAGCAACAUGAGAUUAAACCCAGAAGAGAAUCAGACCGCUGCUGAUCGAAGAAAGACGUCGGACUGCAUUUCUAUGUGAACUGUGUGCUGUACUGUAAAUGGACCGUGGCUUUAAGCUUCUUAAUCAACAUGGUUUGUGGUAGAAAACACUGGGAGUUGAUUGGAUAUUUCAGAACAUCUAAAUGAAAUGAUAGGAUUAAAAAAUAAAAAAGAGUAGUUUGGGAUGUUUGUAUAUUUUGUAUGAUCUCCAAACGGUCGUCUCUUUGCUCUAAAUUUGGCUGUGAUUUUAAAAAUGCACUCUGGUUUCACCUUCAGCCGCAUGUCCAGUAGUUUGAGUUUUGUAUAUUUAUUGUAUUAACACUGAAUAAAGAUCUUCUUCUGUAUCUGUUUUUGUCAUGUUUACGCUGUCAGAGGAGAAUUCACCAGUAAUCCUGAUCUGUUCGGAGGCAGCACUACCAGAAAAUGACCAGAAGAGGGCAGCAGUUGAAUAAAAAUCAUAUGAUCAAAAUAGUGAUCAAAUGGAAAUUAUAUAUAUAAUAGAUUGAAAACAAUUUGCAGAUAGAGGCAGAAAUAAUUAAAUUAGUGAAAGUUAACUUUAGGGGUAUUUUACUGUAAGUUUACAAUAACAAAGAGAGAGCGUGCUCAACUACUAAACUAUGUCUUUGAGUAGUUUUCAGACUAAACAGACUAAAAAUACACCUCCAAUUUUUCAAUAAAGUUUGGAUAAUGUGUAAAAAGUUGACUAAAAACAUGUAAAUGGCCUGCUAAUCAUUUAAACCCUAUAUUUAACUAAGAAGUAAAAGUCCAGCGCAUUAAAUAUUGAAACUGUCAAACUGUCUUAUUUUAUAACACAAUAAAGGCUCAUUUUAGAUUUAAAUACAGGAUCAUGUACCAAAAAGUUUGGAUGAUGAUGACAAAACACUGAAAAAGUUGUGUUAUUCUAAAUGACAAUCACCUGGAGGAACAUUUCUUGAUUAAUGAGGUUAAUUAGCAGCAGGUGAGUCACAUGACUGGGGACAGAAAUGCGUAGAUUUCAUCAUCUACAGUACGUAAAACUAUGAAAGAGGAUUAGGGCCACAUGAAGAGGAAAAAAAAGGGAAGGGGAUUAAAAUUGAAAUUUCAACAUUAAAAUCUUGAAAUUAUGUAAAUAAAGUUGAAAUUUAGAGAUCAAUAAGUGAAAUUUCGAGAUUAAAGCCAAAGUUUUGAGAUUACAAAAUGUCGAAAUGUCAUGAAUAAUGUCAAAAUUUUGAGAUUAAAAGCAAAAUUUUAAGAUUACAAAAAUGAAACUGAGAUAAAAGUUGAAAUUUUAAGAUUAAAGUUAACAUAAAGUCAUAAUUGCCACUUUUAAAUUUUGACUUUAAUCUUGAAAUGAAAAUCUCCCUCCUGUAAUUAUUUUUUUCUCUUCUUGUAUAAAACCAUUAAAAAGUUCUGAGAAUCUGCAGAAAAACAAUAACUGAUACUAAACGGUGCUGAAAUUCAAGCCCUGAGGCAGCAGUACGUUAAAAACAGACAUGGCUCUGUAGUGGGAGUCACUGUAACAGUCCAAAACUCUGCCUGUGAACACAGCAGGUUAAAACUGUGCCAUAAAAAUAGGAAACCAUUCAGUAUAUAAACUGUUCUUGUCUGGACCAAGACAAUAAUGACCUGAUGGGACAAAGACCAGAACAUGAGGUCCAGUUCUGAUGCUCAUCUGUAGGUCUAAUCAUUUCCUCUGGACACACUUCAGUACAAGUACCAACAUUUAACCUGAAGUUCUCCUCUAGAUUUGUUUGCCAGGAUAAAACCCGUCCACUCACACACUUUAGACAAUUGUAGGCCAAGAGCCGAGUCCUUCAGACGGACGUGUGUGAAAUAAAACAGACCGAGAGUCUCACAGAGGAGGAAGCUGUUAGCGGAGCAGAGAGACCGCCAACAGGAAGGGGCACAGUGGAGGAAUAACACAUUGAAGGACGUCUUUUCUUUAAUGACCUUUAUACACUACACUACAGGACAGGACAGGAGUGGGUAAAAACGGCACAGACUCAGUCUCCAGCUGCAUUCAGUGAGAAGAGUGAGGUUCAAGGGAAAGGUUUGGCUGCGUUUGACCUACAUAUCCAUGAUUAAUAUGUGUCUGAAAACUAUGAUUUAGAGGCUUUGACAUGAAAAGAUUUACAACAACUGACUGUGAUGAGCUCCAAACCUUUAAAAGCUGCUGAUUGCUGAUCUGGAUCAGCUGCACUCAGCAGGAGCUCCAUCAUUGGAGAGCAGACAGGUGUGCUGCUUCUGCGGUUACUGGGGGAGGGAGACACAUCCAUCAGACCUUAUCUUUUAGCUCCAUUAAAAUAGUCACUCUACGUUUCUAUCUUUCAAAUACUGUGCAGUAAAGUUAUAAUAGAAAUGCUCCACUUCAAGUUCCAGAAGUGAAAACAUAAACUCAAUCUAAAGGAAACAAGAGUCUGUGUUUUUUCCACUAAAAUGAAACAAAAAGGAGACAAAACCUCGAACACAGCCU